AUGGUUUCGUUUUCUUGUGAAGUUUGUAACGACACUGUUAUUAAAAAAAGACUUCCUCAGCACCAACGCUCUUGCCGUGGUGCAUAUUUCACUUGUAUCGAUUGCAACACUACGUUUCAAGGUAAUGACCACAACUAUCACACCAGUUGUAUCACUGAAGCUGAAAAAUAUGAAGGUGCAUUAUACAAGGGUAAGAAGACCAAGAAACAACAGCACCCACAGUUUCAGUAUAAGAAACCGGUGAAGAACGAGAAACCAAAGGAAGAGCCAAAGAAAGAAGAUAAGAAGGAGGAGGAGGAGGAGGAAAAAAUUGAUCUUUCCAAAUAUACCAAACACACCACUUCUCUUUACAAGGUAUUCAAAGCUGCCAAAAAGAAUCACAAGUCUAUUGCAGACAAAACAGAAUUUCUCAAAAGCAUUAAAGUUUCUUUAAAUAAAGAUGGCUCUUAUAAUUUGAGCUUAUAA